GAGUGAUGAAAAGUCAUGGCCAUGAAAAGAAAUCUGAAUAAUAAUAGCGAUGGAAAAUGGAAAACAUAAUCAAGGUAAGAGACAGAACAGACAUUGAAAUGCAGAAGUGAAAUGAUGAAUAUUCCCUUGUCAAACCUGGAAUAGACGGGUAACAGACAGAGACAAGCAGCCAAGCUCAGAGGAGGUCUUAGUGAUGCACGAAUGUCACAGUGGUCGGCCUUGAUGAAGAGAAUUAUAAGCCCCUUCUUACUGUCAGCGUGCUAUGAGUUGGCAGUUGAACGGUGGCCAGCGUAUCACAAGGAUGGGGAGUGAGGCGCUCUUCCCUUGCCUCGGGGCACUGGAACAUAUGCUGACGGUGGCAGGACUCCUGGCGGUGUCCAAGAUCCUCCUGCAGCUGCUGUGGAGUGUGGGCAACGGUGUGAGGGUGCACUUCUGGUCACGGCUGUGGAAGAAGCGACUAGUGGAAGACUACGGGCGGUGGGCAGUGGUGACGGGCAGCACUGAUGGCAUCGGGAAGGAGUACGCCAAGGAGCUGGCCAGGAGGGGCGUCAACCUGGUCCUCGUCUCGCGCACCAUGGAGAAGCUGCACAAGGUCUCGGCGGAAAUUGUGCGGGAGUUCGGCGUGCAGACGGAGGUGAUACAGGCUGACUUCAGUGGCGGCCGUCCCAUCUAUGAAGACAUCGCCAAGGGCCUGCAGGGCAAGGAGAUUGGGAUCCUCGUGAACAACGUGGGGGUGUUGCUGUCUGAACCCAUGGAGUUCGGGGACGUGUCUGAGAAGGAUAUCUGGAGCCACGUCAACGUCAACGUGGCCUCGGUGCCCGCCAUGACCAAGCUGGUGCUGCCGGGCAUGCUGAAGCGAGGCCGCGGUGCAAUAGUCAACCUGUCAUCCACUGCUUCCACUGUUCCUGUCCCCUUGAGUGGCAUCUACUCUGCCACCAAGGCAUUCGUGAACUUCUUCUCCAGGGCGCUAGAGUUUGAGUACCGCAACUCCGGCAUCACCAUACAGACUCUCAUUCCUUCGUAUGUCUCCACCAACAUGACCAAGUACAGUGACCUCGUCCAUGAUCCUGGCGUGUUUGUGCCCACCGCUCAGACCUACGCCUCCAGCGCCAUAAACACCCUGGGCUACGCGCGCCACACCACGGGCUACUGGGCUCACAGUCUGCAGUCUUACAUUCUCCGAUCCCUCAAUGAGAGGCUUUUGAUGCUGAUGCUCGAGAAGUGGUAUAUAUUGCAAAAGAACUCAAUGAAGAAGAGUAAGGAGUAACAAUGCGAGGCGGUGCGCACAAGAUAGUUCCCUUCAGAUUAUUUUUGUAUUGCUCUUUUUGGACGGGCGACACACAACACCAAGAAGCUACAGACCGUUGCAUGAGUAGCCUUGACGAGAAGUGACGCCUCAUUUUCCACAGUUUCUCGUCCGCUAUUGAUGUCUGGCCACAUGAAUCAUUCGCCGAGAAUUUUUGUGACCUGUCAUGUCAAAUAUCUAUACAAUAAAUUUUUUUUAAUGAUAAUAAAUAUUUCUUCUCA